ACGGCUACAGAGAUGCCUGCAUGGAGAAAUGCGAGGAAGCGGGCCACGUUUUGGUGAAGGAUAUGACGGUAAUUUUUGAAUGCUUCCUGGGCCAAGGUAACACCAACAAGUCUGUGAUUUUGUGAAUGAAGAACUAACGUCGUGAAGGGUAAAGUUAAAGUCGAACUGUCUCCUUGGUGGGUUCAGAUAAACUACGCCUGACGUGACCCGCCAAAAGCUGUUUUCGGUUCAGCGAGGAAGUGACCAUUUUGAACGUUAGCUUUUUUUCGUUAACGUUUGAAUUCAUCACCCAGCAGAAGAAAUGAGCGGCGGAUUUAACUUCGGGCAAGCCUCCACGGGCUUCACUUUCGGAACUCAGAAGACAACUGCCGCCCCCACAGCCACGGGCUUCGGGCUGACGAACUCAGCAACUCAACCUGCUGCCGCCGGAGGGGGCUUCACCUUUGGCACUCCGACUCAGGCCGCCACCAACCCCACUGGCUCUUUUAGCUUUGGCACCCCGGCCAAGAGCACAGCAGCCCCCGGUGGAUUCUCCUUUGGGACCCCCACCACCACAUUUGGCCUGGGUACGACACCUCAAACCACAGCUACAGGGCUGACUUUAGGCUCCGCAGCAGCUCCAGCAGCGGGGACAGGGUUUACCUUGGGUACGGCUCUGACUGCACAGACCACCGCUGCGGCUCCUGCAGGAGGGGGCUUCACCUUUGGGACUGCAGCUCCAGCUCAACCCCAACCUGCUGCCGCUGCAGCUCCUGCAGCAGCCGCUGCUGCACCUGCAACGACAGCAGCAGGUGGGCUUGCAUUUGGGGGGUUCAGUUUUGGAUCUACCAAAGUCCAGGUGACCUCAGCUCCAGCUUCUACUGCUGCUACAGGUGGAGGCUUCAGCUUUGGCGCCAGUGCUCCUCCCUCGCUCACUCUGGGCGCCCAGGUCCAGCCAGCCACUACAUCUGCAGCUGCAACAACACAGGGUGGAGGAUUUUCUUUUGGGAUUAAACCCUCAUCAACCCCUGCUCCUCCUGCAUCCACCCAGGCAGCCCCAGCAGCUGCCCCAUCUCUCUUUUCUACACCUGCCCCCACAGCAGCUGUCUCAGGUGCUUUAGCCGCCUCUACAGCUACUGCGACAGGUACCGGCUUCUCUUUGGGUGCAGCUCCAACGCCAGCAGCAAGCACUGCUGCCCCUGCAACAACCACAGCGGCAGCUGGAGGUCUGGCUUUCAUGCUCAAACCUCUGGGGGCAGCCACCACCACCACCAUCCCUGCCUCUACUGCAGCAACUGCAGCCUCUACAACAGGUGUUGCCACAGGCUUCGCCCUGGGACUUAAACCUGCGUCUGCCACUAGUGCUGCUACAACCGCUGCAGCUACGACCCUCACUACAACCGCUGCCCCACCUGUGAUGACCUACGCUCAGUUAGAGGGUCUCAUCAACAAGUGGAGUCUGGAGCUGGAGGACCAGGAAAGACAUUUCCUGCAGCAGGCGACUCAGGUGAAUGCAUGGGACCGCAUGCUGGUGGAGAAUGGGGAGAAGAUCACAGCACUGCAUAAAGAGAUGGAGAAGGUGAAGCUAGACCAGAGGAGGCUAAACCAGGAGCUGGAUUUCAUCCUGUCCCAGCAGAAGGAGCUGGAGGACUUACUCUGCCCGCUGGAGGAGUCUGUGAAAGAGCAGAGCGGAACCAUCUACAUGCAGAACGCAGACGAGGAGCGUGAAAGAACGUACAAGCUCGCUGAGAAUGUGGACGCACAACUAAAGAGGAUGUCACAGGACCUGAAGGAGAUCAUUGAGCACCUGAACACAUCCAGCGGCCCUGCAGAUACCAGUGACCCACUUCAGCAGAUCUGUAAAAUCCUCAACACCCACAUGGAUUCACUUCAGUGGAUCGACCAGAACUCAGUCCUCCUGCAGAGACGAGUAGAGGAAGUGUCCAAACUGUGUGACAACCAGCGCAAAGAGCAGGAGAAAACCUUUCGUUUAACAUUUGACUGAUGCACUAGAAAUACAUAGUCAUGUAAAGUAACAUAAUUCUAAUGUUGGAUUUCAUUGUUAGACAUAUAUAAGAAUCUCAUUCAACAAAACUCACUUUUUCUCCUCAGCUGUUUGAGUUGUCAAGGGUUUGCAGAAAGAUUCAUAUUUUCAACUUUUAUAUAGAGUAGUGACAGUUAUCUAUUCCAAUGUAAAUGCUUUGCUUGUUCUAAAAAUACAAUUAAAUAAAUCUUUUGAUUAAG